ACUGUCCUGUUGAAUCAAUACUAUUCACCUGCCAAUAAAGCGCUUAAAUAGACCAAGGAUUCAAUGACUUCCACAACGAUACGCGUGAGCUUUUAUCUUUCACAAAUGAAGUUGAAGGUUCUAACUUCUGAGGUGCUUAAUGACGCAGUCCAUUCUCUCGGAAGUCUAUGCUGCUGACAAGUCAGCUGGUUCACCCGUGUCAUCCUCCGCUAUAACCGCGAUCCUACGAAAGGCCACUUUACGACGUCAUGAUUCUGCCAUUCAGUUCAUCAAUGCUUCCAGACCGGACUUGGCACAAAAAGAACAUCGCGAAGCAGACGUUCUUGCGGCUUUCUUACCCCCUUUGACGUCGGAAGCGGAUAUCGACCGUGUUCUCAACGAGGUGAUCGCUGAAACAACACUCGGUGGCGAUUCCCGCAAAAUCCUUGGGCAAGUAUACAAGACCUUUUACUCUAAAGUAGAUAAAUCAAAUGUGGACGCCAACACUGUAAAACGUAAGGCUGAAGCGCUCCUGUUGAACGUUUGAAUAAGUACCAAUUAAAUAAACCAAGUAUACAACUUUCCAUGGAG